ACAGCUGAAAAUUUUAAAUUCCACAAUUUUAGGAUGUCAAUGUCACAUAAUUCUUUUCAAUUUGUCAUUUGUGUUGAAACAUGGCUGAGGUCGACGAAACUUUGAAGAAGAAGCGUACCUUCAGGAAGUUUACCUUCCGAGGGGUUGACUUAGAUCAGCUUCUGGAUAUGCCCAAUGAACAACUCAUGGAAUUAAUGCAUGCCCGCGCUCGCCGGCGAUUCGCGCGUGGUCUUAAGAGGAAACCAAUGGCGUUGGUUAAGAAACUGCGCCGUGCGAAGAAAGAGGCACCACCAAAUGAAAAACCCGAAAUUGUAAAGACACAUUUACGGAACAUGAUUAUUGUCCCAGAAAUGGUUGGAUCAAUUGUGGGGAUUUACAAUGGAAAGACUUUCAACCAGGUUGAAAUCAAGCCUGAGAUGAUUGGCCACUAUCUUGGAGAAUUUUCAGUCACAUACAAGCCUGUCAAACACGGUAGACCUGGUAUUGGUGCCACCCACAGCUCCAGAUUCAUUCCUCUUAAGUAGGAUGUCUUUCUACUAGGUUUAAGCUAUUAAAAAAAUGUUUGCAACAAUAAAUGCUUGGAAACAAUAA